AUGUCGUCGGCGAUACCUCCUGCAGCCAACACGAAGGAUCCGAAGGUGCGAGCAGAGUUGUAUAUGGCUUCGCACGGUAUCAAGGAACUCUUUGAGGGUCUGGGAACGCUCCUCCUCUAUCACCGCCCGCCCAAUCCUCGCGAAUUCCUCAUUCAGCAGCUCGAUGAAAUGCGAAAAGCGAAGCAGGAGCAACGCCACGUGCCCUUCUUUGAAGAGAAUGAUCUCAAGGUGAUGUUCGCUGCGUUCGACAUCAAAGACCAAGGCUUCAUCACCACGGAGCAAUACGAUCAAGCGUUGCUAAAUCUUGGGAUUGAAAAGCCGACACUCCGUUUACCCGAAUCCGUGUCAACGAUCAACCAAGCGCUCUUCAUUCGUAGUGUGACGCAAGAGAUCAAGAACGCGUCAACCUCGUUCAUGUGAAAGCUCUCCAUACUACAAUUCAAACCUUCCAAAC